UUAACAUUAGCAUUAGCUUGUUUUUCUCCCCGACAGCUGCCUGUUUAUCUGUCUACCUCUCUCUCUCUGAAUCACUCUGAGUCACACCCAACAGGAGCGGCUCGGUUCGAACCCGGAAGUAACGCUGACAGCGGUGUUAGGUUCAGGUGUCAAGGUGACUCCGGUCAGUCAGAAUGAGCUCUAAAGGAGGCGGCACCGCUCUGACCCGCCGCAACUACAGACUGGCUUCAGACACAGACAAACCCAAAGCCACAGGUAUCGUUAACGAGAAGUUGCUGAGUGACUACCUGCACCAUGUGUUUCCUUCCACCAAACAGGGACCUGCGCUGGCCUCCCUCAGGAAGCCUCUUGGUUUCCAGGAUCUUGGUGCUCACCUGGAGAGAUUGUUGUCCGAGGGGGAACCCACUGAGGACAGUAGAGAUCAGCCUGUUGAAGGUCGUCUGGGCCCUCAGCCGGUCGUCCUGGAUCACACCAGCGGCUUUGAAGGACUUCUGUUUGUAGACGACGACCUGCUGGGGGUCAUCGGCCACAGCAACUUCAGCUCCAUCAGAGCCACCACAUGUGUUUAUAAAGGGAAAUGGGCCUACGAGGUGCUGAUCUCCUCCCAGGGUCUGAUGCAGAUCGGGUGGUGUACACUCAACUGUCGCUUCAACCAGGAGGAGGGUGUUGGCGACACUCCGGACUCCUACGCUUACGAUGGAAACAGAGUGAGAAAGUGGAACGUGACGACCACUAACUACGGAAAGUCGUGGGCCGCUGGAGACAUCGUCAGCUGUCUGAUAGACCUGGACGAGGGAACCAUCACAUUCUGCUUGAAUGGCCAGUCUCUGGGCACAGCGUUCACCAACAUUAAGAUGGGUCCGGGCGUCGCUUACUUUCCUGCCAUCAGCCUCUCCUUUAAAGAGUCGGUGGCUUUCAACUUUGGCAGCAGACCUCUCAGGUACCCUGUGGACGGCUACGUACCCCUCCAGAACCCCCCAACUACAGACCUGAUGAAAGCCCACAAACUACUGGGCUACAUCAAGAACGUCCUCUCCACUUCCAUCGACGCACAGGAGGAGAGGUUGGUGGAGACGGACUGUUCAGCCUGGAGGCUUCACGGAGAACCGACUGUCCUCGUCACCUUGGCUCACAUCUUCAACCACUUCGCUCCACUCAUGUGUAAAGUGUACCUGGUGGAGGACGUGCUGAUGAACUUCCUGUUGGGGAUUCUGGAGGGAGGAGGUUCAGUAGAUGAACACCAGCUCAUACAGCAGCUUCUGGAUCUCUUCUGGCUGCUGAUGGAGGACUAUGAAGUGAACGAGUGUCUGAAGCAGCUGAUGAUGUCUCUCCUGAGGGCCUACAGAUUCUCCCCCAUCAUCCCCGAUCUGGGCUUCCAGAUCCACUACCUGCGUUUGACCACGGCCAUCCUGCACCACGAGAAGUCCAGGAAGUACCUGCUCAACAACGUCUUGUUCGAUGUUCUGCGUUCGGUCGUGUUCUUCUACAUCAAGACCCCUCUGAGAGUGAAGGAGGCGGGGCUAGAGGAGCUCAUCCCGACCACCUGGUGGCCCACGCACUUCGACAAGGAGGGGAAAGAUGAGCGGGAACCAAAAGACGAAAGUGCAGACGAGCGACUGAGACGAAGAGCGUACGAGAGAGGCUGUCAGAGACUGAAGAAGAGGAUCGAAGUGGUGGAAGAGUUGCAGGUUCAGAUCCUGAAGUUGCUGCUCAAUAACAAAGACAAAACUACGGGAGAAGCCUCUCGCUACAUCUUCCUCAAUAAAUUCCGGAAGUUUCUCCAAGAAAAUGCCAGCAACAGAGGGCACCCUACAGCUCUGUGCCCUCCUGAGUACAUGGUGUGUUUCCUCCACCGCCUCAUAACGGCGGUGAGAGCCAGCUGGGACGACAGCAGCAGGAAGAGUCCGAGCAACAUCAGCAGCGAAGAGGCCUACGUCCCCCCUCAGCUCUUCUACAACGGGAAGGUGGACUACUUUGACCUGCAGAGACUUGGGGGGCUCCUGUCCCACCUGAAGAAAUCACUCAAAGAUGACUUGGCGAGUAAAGCCAACAUCAUCAUCGACCCUGCAGAGAUCCAGGCCACGUCUAUGGAUGACCUGGAUGAGGACGAGGAGAGCGGAGCAGCUCAGAGGCCGUUUGGUGCGGCGGCGAUGGGCGGGGCUCUGGCUCGGCCCAGCUGGUUGAGCUCUCCCACUCUGGGCCGAGCCAACCGCUUCCUGAGCACGGCCGCCGUCAGCCUCAUGACCCCCAGACGACCCCUCACGCAGCCGGAGAAAGUGAAGGUCCGCACCCUCGCCGUGGAGCAGAGGACCGAGGAGGACAUCGAGGGAAGCCAUGGUAACGACGGCCUGUUGCUGGGGCGACCGCUGGAGGAGCCCGAUCAGCUAAUGGCGGACAAGUCCCUGCUGGAGAUUGUUGACGGCAUCGUGAUGAUGUACAACCUGAGCGUCCAUCAGCAGCUGGGAAAGAUGGUGGUGGUUUCAGAUGAUGUCCACGAAUACGCCGUCGCACUGAAGGACACCGAGGAGAAGAUCGCACGAUGCCCUGCAAGAAGACCAGACAUCCUGGACGAGCUCCAGAAAAGCCAGAAGGUGUUUGCGGAGAAGCUGAACCACCUCUGCAGGAGACUGGCCUGGAUCAACGCCACCAUCUACUCCAAGGAGAAGAUGCUGGACGUUUACUGGCUGCUGUGUGUUUGUAUUCGGACCAUCGAGCACGCCGACAACACCGGUUCGUUGUUCGCCUUUGCUCCGGAGUUCUACCUCAGUGUGGCCAUGAAUGCUUACAGCGCCCUCAAGAACUACUUCAGCCCUGCAAACAGCAUGGAGGAACUGCCAGGCUACGAAGAAACCCUGACGCAACUAGCCGCCAUCCUCGCCAAGCACUUUGCUGAUCCACGCAUAGUAGGAACAGACAUCAAAGACUCUCUGAUGCAGGCCCUCGCCAGCUACGUCUGUUACCCACAAUCCCUCAGGGCGGUGGAGAGGAUCCCAGAGGAACAACGUGUCGCCAUGAUGAGGAACCUGCUGGCGCCGUACGAACAGAGACCCUGGGCCCAGACCAACUGGAUCCUGGUCCGACUGUGGAGGGGUUGUGGUUUCGGCUACAGGUACACUCGUCUUCCUCACCUGCUGAAAACCAAACCUGAGGAUGCCAACCUGCCCAGUCUGCAGAAGCCGUGUCCGUCGUUGCUGCUGCAGAGACACAUGGCGGAGCUGCUGAGCGUGGACAAAGACAUGGCCGCCUCGUUCCUCAACAGCGUCCUCAACCAGCUCAACUGGGCUUUCUCCGAGUUCAUCGGCAUGAUCCAGGAGAUCCAGCAGGCUGCAGAGCGACCAGAGAGGAACUUUGUGGACACUCGUCAGCUGAAGGUGUGUGCGACCUGCUUCGACCUGUCCGUCAGUCUGCUGCGAGUUCUGGAGAUGACCGUCACUCUGGUUCCAGAGAUCUUCCUGGACUGGUCCCGUCCGUCUGCAGAGCUCCUGCUCAGACGGCUCGCUCAGUUGUUGAACCAGGUGCUAAACAGAGUGACGGCAGAGAAGAACCUGUUCGAUCGAGUGGUCAACUUGAGACUGCCAGGUCUGGAGAGUGUGGACCACUACCCGAUCCUGGUGGCUGUAACAGGCAUCCUGGUUCGGAUCCUGGUGGACGGAGACAGACAGGGGAUAUCUCGGGCGGCCUCCGUCCUGCUCUCUGACCCCUGUUUCCAGCUCCACUCCAUCCAACACCUAUUGGGGGAGGGGGCGGACUCCUCCGGCUCCUCCGGCUCCGCUGCAGCCGUCACCUCCACCUCCACCGCCCGGCCGGUAGUCGGGUCCCUGGGGUCGACCGUGGCCCCCGUGAUCCCUUCAGCUGCUGCCAGCGCAGGGACCUCUGAACGCAAGCACUUCUCCCUGCAAGCAUACACGGACUACAUCAGCGAGGAGGAGAAACAGAAGGUGGAGCUGAUGUUGACCUUUCUCACCGAAGAAUCCAAACAGGCUGCAGCCAGCACCGCUCCGACCAGUGAGGAAGACCUCUGCCCCAUCUGCUACGCCCACUCCAUCUCCGCCGUCUUCAAGCCCUGCUCACACAAGUCCUGCAAAGCCUGUAUCAACCAGCAUCUGAUGAACAACAAGGACUGCUUCUUCUGCAAAGCCACCAUCACCGGGGUCGAAGACUACAGCAAGCCAGCCGCCUCCUAACACACACACACACACACACACACACACACACACACACACACACACACACACACACACACACACACUCACACUCACACACGUUAGCUGUUAUCCGUUAACACUCACUCAUCUGAAAGCCCUUCAAACAUCCCAUCACAUAUCAGUGAACCCAAAGAUUUCUCACAGAGGUCUGUACUGCAUGUGUGUGUGUGUGUGUGUGUGUGUGUGUGCGCGUGUGUGUGUGUGUAUUUAUUUUGGGGGAAAGCGAUUCAUAGAACUUUUACUUUCUCUCGUCUGUUCCAGUAAACGGUAGACGUCGGUGUGAGUGAACAUGUGACGUGAAAAGAGCAAAUGAACAUUUUCUAAAUACAGUAUAUUUAGCCUGACAGUGUUGGUCAUAAAUACAUAAUAUCUAUAAUAUGUAAAUCCAUUCAAAGCAGUGGUUUCCAACCUCUGGACUAGGAGUACUUUAAACAUCUCAGAGGUAACUAUUGUACUUUUUGCUCCAUUUGUCUGAUGUAUCUUCUCAGAUGACAGUUUUUCAUCUCCUUCCUGUCCAGUGAAAAGCUCGUAUCUCCAGAUGUGUUGCUGUUGAACGUUUGUGAUGAACUGAAGGAUGAAGUGUUUCCUUUAUGUGUUGAGAAAAACUUCUUCAGCUCUAUUUACUCUGUAAAAAGCAUCGUCGUAAUGAUGUUUUUCUUUUUUAGAGAUACGUGGUUCUCACAGGAACAUCUGAGGAUCUUAUAGAAUACGAUGCAUUGAUGUAGAUCCAACUAGCUGACAGGACAUAACGGACAUCGAUGCAGCAAUAACAUUAAUCCAUAGACAUCAUAUAUAAACAAAUAUAUAAACACUGACAUUCUUAACUCAUAGUGGAGUAUUUUCAAAGAAGUGGUAGUUGUGGUAUAAGUACUUUUACUGCAUUAAAGGAUCUGGAUACUUCUGGCAGCGUUUCCAAAGAUAAAUAUGAUUAAAAAACAAUAUUUCUUUGGACUUCUUACAUGAAAGAUCUAAAUGAAAAGUCUCUUUUUGUGUUGAAUUCUCACACUUCCUGUCGCCACUGAGGCCAUGACCUUUAAUAAUUAAGGGAUCAUUAGUAAACGUUUCAUUUAAAAGGUUGGAAACCGAGGUUUUAAUUCAUAUCAGAUUUAUAAAGAUCCAGGUACGAACUUAUAAUAAAUAUAUAUAUAAAGUAAAUACUUACCCUCCAUCAGUUUUAUAUUCUCACUUAUCCUGUUCUGGGUCAUUUGCGAAUGGAUCUUAAAAUCCCAGCAUGCAUUGGGAGAAAGAAAAAGGUCAAAUCCUGAGUGGUUCUGCAGUGAAUCACACGUCUAAAGCCGUUCAGAUGAAGCCUGAUUCUAGAUCAGACUUUCUGCGCCGAUUGAGUUCCGUUUAGAGUUCAGUUUGAGGUCUCCAUGUUUGAUCGAUCGUCUGAGUCGUUGAUGAAACGUCCGUCUGAUUUCCAACAUGGCUGCUGUCAGACGAUCGCUUGUUAACCGUCGUAAAUGAUUGUUGAACUUCCUGCCGUCGUGUUUCUCAUGUCGUACCUGGACUCUUCAUCCAUCUCCAUCUGAGGCUCCCUGUUUUUCUCCUUUUCGUCUUAACUUUAACUUUACACAAAGUGAAGCUGCUUUUUUCUCUUUUUGUUGAAUUUUUUUUUUUUUAAAUCGGCAUGUUUGAAUAACUCAAUUAGAAGUAACUAUGGUAACGACUGAUUGGGGGUCCCAUGUUUACGUACAGGGUCGAAAUCAAACGUUUUGCGUGAACGCAGUAUACGAGGUGAAUAACGACGUACAGUGUCUGUACAGUUUAACGCUAAAGGCAGGCGAACACAUGAACACCUGAAGAUGAUUCAGAGUUUACCUGCACGUCCAAAAAAACCACAAACACAGGAAGUCUAACUCUUUACAUCUCUUUAAUCUUCUACAGUCGCAGAGUCCAGGCUGAGUUUGUGAUAUUCACUGUACUGUAGUGUGAUAUAGUUUACAGGUUUCUACUUUAAAUACAGGUUACAUCGUAGCAACUGGUGUCUUUUCUUACCAAGAGA